AUCGUAAAUCCCCUCCCGUCCUCACCAAACCUCAUCAUCGAGGCUGGCACUGCAAUCCUCGGUACUGGUGUUCCUGCUAUGGCCAUCUCUCAAGAAGUCUAUGUUGUGAAUGAGGAAACUGUGGUCGCAGCAGGGACAUUCGUCCUCCCUGCUUACAUUGCUAAGGUAUGUGGUUCUGUCAAUGGCCACAUUGAACGUGUCAAGACCGCCUUGGAAAACUCGCGUGCUGAACAUACUCGGGCUGCUGUAAAAGACCGCAUCCGCUCUGUCAAACAGAUAAAGGACGUCAUGUCGCUGACGCAGGGGCUCUUUCCCGUUUCGAAGGAAACUGCCUGGUUGGAGGCAGAAGCGUUUAUCCAGCAUCAAAAGGUUGCACUGGCAUCCGAGCUCAAGACCGUCCCAGACAGCUGGGUGCGCUACGAGCAACGGCUGAAGGAGAGCGAGCAGGUUGAGCUUGCAAAAACUAUCAUUGCAAGGAUUACAUCCGAUCUCAGGGACGAGAAGAUGCAGGAGGAGAUAUUGGCCAACGCCGUGGUGGAGCUUGAGU